GGGUGUCACUAAAGAGUCAUGGCUGGAGGACCAUGAGAAGGUGCUGGAUAACUUCAUUGAGGACACAUCUAUUCCCACUUUGGUGGUCUACUUUGACACAGACAUGACACUAAAAGUGGAAUAUUCCAUUCCACCACAGGUGGUGGAGGAGCUGGUCUAUUUUAUGCGCGAGCCAGGAGCCAUGAUCACCGCAGAGACCUUCUACUUAGAAGUGGAAUAUGGGGUGGUGCAGGGUGACCCCACUGAGAGCCUGCUUCACUUCCUGACCAGCUUACAUACAGAUGACAAGGACAUUAGCAGUGACUGGGAGAAGGGCAUCAAGGACAAUUACACCAACGGCAUGCACAAUUACCUGGCCAUCCUCACAGAUGACGUUAGUAAGAAGGAGGGUAAGACUGUGUUGUACAUCCCAGUGGAAGGCCUGAUUGACAGUGCUGAAGAGGGCAGCAAGGACAGUCAUCUGGUGCAGAGGAUGGAAUCUGUCUUGAUCCACUGGACGGACCAGAUCAAGGAGCUGCUGAACGUCCAAGAAACCACCAUGACCGACAACAGUGGUCCACUGCAGGAGAUAGCAUACUGGGAGCGCCACUCUGCCAAGCUCAUGGACAUGAGUCAUCAGCUGCAGAAGGCCGGAGUCAAGCACAUUCAGCACAUGCUGGAGCUGGCCAACUCACUCUAUGUCAAGCGCUUCUGCAAACUCGCCAAGGAAAUGCAGGAUUUAUCUAUGGAGGCACAAUCCAACCUGAGAUUCCUGUCCUUAUUGGUGGAACCCUGUAAAGAACUGGCUCAUGUUCAAAUAAAUGAACUCGCUCCCAAGCUGCAGCACAUCGUCAGUCUCAUUCGCAUCAUCUGGACCAACUCCACCUACUACAACACCAACGAGCGGAUCACAGGCCUCUUCCUUAAGGUAUGCGAUACGCAGCAGCAGUUUGCCCGCUGGGAAGAUGGCAACCAGAGAGCGCUGCCGUGCUUCAGCGGCUAUCAGGGCCCCGAGCUUACUCUAUCCCUUGUGAAGAUUGAGGCCAAGUUUCAGCAUGGCCUUCAGAUCUUGCGGUCCGUUGACAAAAGCAUCCUCGAGGUGGAGAACACUGGAUGGCAUAUUGAGUUCAACAGGUUUCGUGCAUUUUUAAAAGAUCUUGAUAUAAUGCUGCAGAACCUGAUCACGUCUGUGUUCAAGACUGUCAACACAGUGGAGGAAGGACUUCGGCUGGUGGACAUUUUUAAGCCCAUUUCUGCCAGAAAGUCUAUUAAGAGCAAAAUAGACGAGAUGGUGGAGGGAAUACACAGCAUCUUCAAGAAGGAGAACAGCAUGCUCACCAGACAGAUUGAUCCGGAGACGGUGUCCAUCCCUAACUAUAUGCCACCUUUGGCAGGCCAGGCCCACCGAGCGAGGGCCCUCAAAUUCCACUUAGAAAGCCUCAUGGAAGUGCUGAAGAAGAUCCCCAUCCUGCCCGAGUCACACAGCUGCAGGCAGGCUCUGGUUAACUACAACCAAACCAUUCACACUCUGAACGACAUGGUGACACAGAAGUUUGCUGAGUGGCGCCAAGGCUUGGAGCUGCAGUAUGUCAAGAAGCUCGAGCGACCCCUCUUGCUGCAUGGCAAAGACAACAGGAUCGAGGUCAACUUUGAUACCAACCUGUUGAACCUCUUUGCUGAGAUCAAGUCCUGGAGUCAGCAAAAUUUUGAAAUCCCACAAUUUGUGUCCGAGAUUUACCAGGAUCGGGAAGAUCUUCGAUGUCUCAGGGAGAGAGCACUGCACUUAGCCCGGGACUAUAACAGGAUCAUUGGAAUGCUCUCUCCAAUUGAGCUGGGUCUGUUUUCCAAGAAAAUCCAUAUGCUCGACAAGAAGAUUCAGCCGGGCUUUACCAAACUCUUUUGGAUGUUUAAAAUAUCUGCAAACACCUUCGUCAAGGACUGCAUUGUGCAUGUUUCCAAGGUCCAGGUGAUAGUUGACGGCUUCAAAGCAUCCAAUCUGGCCACUGCUAAACUCUGUCGCCAGAUGAGUGAAACACUGCUCGUGAGGCUUGAUGGGAAGACUUUGUAUAGGAACUGGGAAUUUGAGAAUGAUCAGCAAACUCACCGACAGCGCCAGCAAGACCAACUACGGUCUGCUCUUCAACGCAUUGUUGACAUCAUGACUUACAUACACAACACCUUUUCUAAAGAUGGACCUGAGGUGCAGGAACACUGGGUCACAUACACCGAGAAGGUGGACCACAUGCUGGAGGAGGCACUACGCAGCAACGUGAAGCGCUCCAUGCAGAAAUUAGCACAGGCCAUCAACGGAGACCGCAAAUCAUCACCCACUCCUUUGUUCAGAGUGCUGGUGUCACUGCGCCAGGCGGAACCCAAGGCUGAUCUCAGGGUUGAGUUCUCCCCAUCUCUGCGAGAGCUUGCACAAAUCUUGGACAUUCUGCCUCAGCUCAUCAACACUAUCUCAAAAUUCAAGCGACUGCCCGAGCUCCUCUCCUGCGAACAUUCCUCGGAGAAUCCCAUACACGUCAACAUCGCAAAUGAUGAUGAGAUAAAAGGCAUACAGGCUGCAGUUGGUGCUGGGAUGUCAGCCACCGCCAGCCGCCUGAAGGAAUAUUUGACCACCUGGGACAAAUACAGGGACAUCUGGGAGACCAACAAGGACUCUUACAUACAACGUUACCAAAAACUCAAUCAACCGGUUGCUUCUUUUGAUGCAGAUAUACAUAGGUACACAGAAAUAGAAACUAGUAUCCAGCAGGAAGAGACAGUCACCAACUUCCAGUUCAUCGUGCUGGACUGUUCGCCACUCAAAACCUCACUGGUGCAACACUGUAGUCACUGGCAGUCCAAGUUCAUGCAGCUCCUUGUGCGCAUCGCAGGCACCCAGCUCAAGGAGCUGCAUGCCUCAAUGAAUCACAACGCCAAGAGGUUGAGUCAACCCAACAAGACACUGGUGGAGCUGAGUGAGAGUCUGCAGCUCCUUGAGUCUCUUCAAGGCCAUUUAGUCAAGACAGAGGCUGAUAUUGUUCUGAUUUAUGAACAGUUUGCUGUGCUGGACAAAUAUGGUUUCCCUGUGGAGCCGACUCUUCAGGACUUGCGGGGAACGCUAAACACCAAGUGGGAAUGGUUCCAGCAGGUUCUAAUCGACAGCGACGUGAUGCUGCAAGGGCAAAAACAAAAUUUCAAGAGCAGCUACAUUGCCUCCUCUGAGGAACUCACCGAGAAGAUCCAGACCACUAUGCAGGAGUUCACCACUUCAGGUCCAUUUGAUCCUGCAAUCAACACCAAGUUGGCCCUGAGGCUCACAUCAGAGCAUCAUUCCCAUCUCGAGGCUCUAAAGGAAGAAGAAAAUUCCAUUCUGUAUGGCCUGAGCUUCUUCAAGAUAGAGCAGGAACCUUCCAAAACCAUCCAAGCCUUAGAGAAGGACAUCAACUACUUGCAGGAAGUGUGGGAGAUUACGCAGGAUUGGAACUCACACUGGGACAGCUGGAAGGGGGGGCAUUUUACAUCGCUUCGGACAGAGAAUAUGGAGAGCACAGCGCAGGAAAUCUACAAAACCCUCCACAAGCUGCAGAGGUUACUCAAGGAUAAGCAGUGGGACAUUGUUGAUUUCUCCAAGAAGAAGGUUGACCAGUUCAGGAGAAUCAUCCCACUUAUUGCUGACAUGAGGAACCCGGCCAUGAGAGACAGGCACUGGAAGCAGAUCUGUGCUCACGUACAGAGCUCCUUUGACCACACCAGUGAUGACUUCACCCUGGAGAAGAUCAUUUCUCUGGGUUUUGACAAGUAUGCAGACUCCAUCGGUGAGAUCUCUGGGGCCGCCAGCAAGGAACUCUCCAUAGAACAGGGUUUGGAGGAGAUUAAUAAGACAUGGGCGGAAUUGACCUUGGAUGUUUCCCCGUACAAAGACAAAGGCCAUUUUCGUCUGAAAGGCACAGAGGAUGUUUUCCAGGCCCUCGAGGACAACCAGGUGACCUUGUCCACCAUGAAGGCUUCUCGGUUUGUCAAAGCUUUUGACAAGGUUGUGGACAACUGGGAACGUCAGCUGUCACAGGUGAUGGAAAUCAUUGAGAUGAUCCUCACGGUGCAGCGGCAGUGGAUAUAUCUUGAGAAUAUUUUUCAAGGAAAGGACAUCAGGGAGCAGCUGCCACAAGAGUGUAAAGAGUUUGAAGAAAUUAGUUCAAGUUGGAAGACCAUCAUGACUCGACUUCAUGAGAACAACAACGCCCUGCAGGGAACGCACCAUCCAGGCUUGCAGGAGACGUUAUCCAAAAUGAAUACCAAGCUGGAAGAGAUUCAAAAGGCCUUGGACAUGUAUCUUGAGUCAAAGAGACAGAUAUUCCCCAGAUUCUACUUCCUGUCUAAUGACGAUGUUCUGGAGAUCCUUGGCCAGUCACAGAACCCGGAGGCAAUGCAGCCACAUCUAAAGAAGUGUUUCGACAACAUCAAGAGCCUGCGCACUGAAAAGAUGGGCAGAAGGUUGGACGCCACUGCCAUGUUCUCCUCUGAUGGGGAGAUGAUUGAAUUUAUCAAGGCAGUGCCACUGGAUAAGCCUGUAGAGAUUUGGCUGUGCGAUAUUGAGAAGGCCAUGCGCAGCACGCUAAAAAAUUCACUGCAUGACUGCCUGGUGGCACUCAAGAAGAUGAAAAGCCAGAGGGACAAGUGGUCCAAAGACUGGCCAGGACAGAUGCUGAUCACAGCCAGUCAGAUCCAGUGGACAACUGAUGUCACCCAGGCAUUGAUUACCUGCAAGGAAUUAGAUGACAAGUCUGGCCUUAAAACCAUGAUGAAGAAACAAGUGUCUUUGCUCAGACGAUAUUCCGAGAUGAUCCGGAGCAACCUGUCCAAAGUCCUGCGUCUGAAGAUUGUAGCUCUGGUCACAGUGGAAGUCCAUGCUCGGGAUGUCAUCGCCAAACUGGCCAAGGCGGGCUGCAAUGACGUGAACGCCUUUGAGUGGCUGUGCCAGCUCAGGCUCUACUGGGAGAAGGAUUUGAACAACUGCAUUAUUCGACAGACCAACACACAUUUCAAGUAUGGCUACGAGUACUUGGGGAACUCUGGAAGGCUUGUCAUCACUCCACUUACAGACAGGUGUUACAUGACCUUGACAACGGCGCUCCAUUUGCAUCGGGGUGGCUCUCCCAAAGGGCCCGCUGGCACUGGGAAGACAGAGACCACGAAAGACUUGGGUAAAUCUUUGGGGAUGUAUGUCAUCGUCAUCAACUGCUCCGAAGGCCUCGACUACAAGUCAAUGGGCCGCAUGUUCUCUGGCCUGGCACAGACAGGAGCGUGGGGCUGCUUUGAUGAGUUCAACCGAAUCAACAUUGAAGUGUUGUCCGUGGUGGCCCAGCAGAUACUCUCCAUCCUGUCCGCCCUCUCGGCGCUCCAAACCAGGUUCCAGUUUGAGGAACACAACAUCAACCUGGUUGCGUCAUGCGGUGUCUUUAUAACGAUGAAUCCUGGUUAUGCUGGUCGUUCUGAGCUUCCAGACAACCUCAAGUCCAUGUUCCGACCGAUCUCCAUGGUGGUGCCAGAUUCUACUCUAAUUGCUGAGAUCAUACUGUUUGGAGAGGGCUUUAACGAUUGCAAGCUCCUGGCUAAGAAAGUGUUCACCCUGUAUUCUCUGGCCAUGCAGCAGCUGUCAAAGCAGGACCACUACGACUUUGGCCUCCGUGCCCUCACCUCCUUGCUCCGCUACGCUGGCAAGAAGCGGCGAAUUUGCCCUAAUGUCCCCGGGGAAGAAGUCCUACUCAUGGCUAUGAAAGAUAUGAAUAUUGCUAAACUAACUUCAUCUGACCUGCCGUUGUUCAAUGGCAUCAUCCUGGACUUGUUCCCUGAUGUAGAAACACCAGCAAUAGACUAUGGCAAGAUGAAGGAAGCCAUCCAGAUAGAACUUCGUCAGAACGGCCUGCAAGUGACUCCUUUUACAAUGACCAAAGUCAUCGAACUCUUUGAGACCAAAAACUCCCGACACUCGUCCAUGUUAGUGGGCAAGACGGGCUGCGGCAAGACGGUCACGUGGAAGACCCUGAAAAGUGCCCUAAUUGCCAUGCACAACAAGGAAAUGGCAGGCUUUGAGCUUGUGCAGGAUUAUCCACUGAACCCCAAAGCCAUGAGUCUUGGAGAGCUGUAUGGUGAAAAUGACUUGUCUACCAAUGAGUGGACUGAUGGAGUCCUUUCCAGUGUCAUGAGAACAGCCUGCGCAGAUGACAAACCAGAUGAGAAAUGGAUCGUGUUUGAUGGUCCGGUGGACACGCUGUGGAUUGAGAGCAUGAACUCUGUCAUGGAUGACAACAAGGUGCUCACACUCAUCAACGGAGAGAGAAUUUCCAUGCCUGAACAGGUGUCCCUGCUGUUUGAAGUGGAGAAUCUGGCACAGGCCUCUCCUGCGACAGUGUCGCGCUGUGGGAUGGUCUACAAUGAUUACGUCGACUUGGGAUGGAGGCCCUUUGUCCAGUCUUGGCUCGAGAAACGUCAGAGGGCAGAGGUGGAACAUUUGCAGCCUUUGUUUGACAGUUUCAUCGAGAGAACAUUGAGCUUCAAGAAGAGUAACUGUAAGGAGUUGAUCCCCGUCACGGAACUGAAUAGCAUUAUCUCGCUCUGCCGCCUCUAUGAGGCCCUGACCACAAACAAGGUUAACAUGUCUGAUGCAGACAGCCUGGGUCGGAUCGUGGAGCUCUGGUUCACCUUCAGUCUCAUCUGGUCCAUUUGUGCAUCAGUUGAUGAGGAUGGCCGCAAGAAGAUGGAUAACUUCCUGCGGGAGUUGGACGGCACCUUUCCCAUCAAGGACACAGUGUAUGAGUACUAUGUAAAUGUCAAGAACAAAGCCUGGGCUCCGUUUGAAGAUAAACUGCCAAAGGGCUGGCGCUACAACCCUAACUCCCCAUUCUAUAAGAUCAUGGUUCCGACAGUGGACACAGUUCGCUACAACUACUUGGUCACAGCAAUGGUGAAGGCACAGUAUCCAGUGCUGCUCACCGGACCGGUCGGUACCGGGAAGACCUCAGUGGUCCAUGGCGUCUUGCAUACUCUGGACACUGGCCAGUGGUCCACACUUACUAUCAACAUGUCCUCACAGACCACCUCCAACAACGUCCAGGCCAUUGUGGAAAGCCGACUGGAGAAGAGGACCAAGGGUGUGUUUGUGCCAGUUGGAGGGAAGGACCUGCUCUGUUUCCUGGAUGACCUCAACAUGCCAGCGAACGAUCUCUUUGGCUCGCAGCCGCCAUUAGAGCUGCUGCGUCUCUGGAUUGACUACGGCUUCUGGUUUGAUCGUCAGAAACAGACGACAACUUAUGUCAAAAAAAUGUCGCUGCUGGCCUCCAUGGGACCCCCUGGCGGGGGAAGGACUCACAUUUCUGGCCGCCUGCAGAGUCGUUUCAACCUCAUCAACAUGACAUUCCCACAUGACUCCCAAAUCCGCCGCAUCUUCAGUACCAUGAUUAACCAGAAGCUGCAAGGUUUUAAGGAGGACCUCAAGCCAUUUGGAGGGUUUCUUACCCAGGCAACCUUAGAGCUGUAUUAUUCAGUUACAGCUCGUUUUCUUCCCACUCCAGCCAAGACGCACUACCUCUUCAACCUCAGGGAUAUCUCCAAGGUGUUUCAAGGUCUGCUGAGAGCACAUCCAGAGUUCCAUGAUAGUAAACAGAAUAUGGUUAGAUUGUGGAUCCAUGAGUGCUUCAGGGUUUUCUCUGACCGGCUUAUUGACCAGACUGACAUAGAAGCCUUUGCCACGUUGCUAGCUGAGAAAAUGGGCUCCCUCUUUGACCUUGUUUUCCACAACAUCUGCCCUGAUAAACAACCUCCAGUAUUUGGUGAUUUCCUCAGUGAGUCUGGGGUGUAUGAAGACCUUUUGGACAUGAAUAGUCUCAAGAAAUUCAUGGAGACUCAACUGGAGGACUACAACCUGACGCCAGGCAUAGUGCCCAUGAACCUAGUGCUCUUUCGGGAUGCCAUUGAACACAUAACCCGAGUGGUCCGUGUGAUCAGCCAGCCAAGGGGCAACAUGCUGCUUGUCGGUGUUGGGGGUUCGGGCCGACAGAGCUUGUCCAGGAUGGCUGCCUCCAUCUGCGAGUACAAGGUGUUUGAGGUGGAAAUCACCAAACAGUACCGCAAGCUGGAAUUCAGAGAAGAUGUCAAGAAGCUGUACCGUUUGACUGGUGUGGACAACAAGCCCACUGUCUUCCUCUUCAACGACACCCAGAUUGUGGAUGAAUCCUUCCUGGAGGACAUCAACAACAUCCUGAGCUCCGGAGAGGUCCCCAACCUCUUCAAGCAGGACGAGUUCGUGGAGAUCUGCAACGCCCUGUCCGAUUCCGCCAGGAAGGAGAAUGUGGUGGAGACACCCGAAUCCUUAUUCUGCUUUCUAAUAGAACGCGUCAGGAGCAACCUACACGUUGUUCUCUGCAUGAGUCCCGUGGGAGACCCGUUCAGGAACCGUAUUCUACAGUACCCGGCACUUGUCAACUGCACAACCAUAGACUGGUUCUGUGAGUGGCCCAAAGAUGCCCUACUCGAGGUUGCUGAGCGAUACUUGGAGGGACUGGAACUUGGAUCCUCUGAGGGGAGUGCAACAAAGGUGGCCUCCAUCUUUGUGACCACGCACCAGUCAGUGGUAGAGAUGUCACACAGGAUGAAAGUGGAACUGAGGAGACAUAAUUAUGUGACACCCACCAACUAUCUGGAGCUGGUGACUGGAUAUAAGAAGCUUCUGGGUGAGAAGCGCAUUGAGCUGGGGGAGCAGGUGAGCAAACUACAAAAUGGUCUUUUUAAGAUCAGCGACACAGGUGAGAAGGUGGCAGCCAUGACAGUGCAGCUGGAGGAGGCUAAUAAGCAGGUGGCUGACUACCAGAAGGAGUGUGACGAGUACUUGACUGUCAUUGUACAACAAACCAGGGAGGCGGACACUCAACAGAAGACGGUAAGCGCUAAGAAGGAAAAAAUUGCAGCAGAAGAGAUGCAGUGCAAAGCACUGGCAGAGAAUGCACUGAGAGAGCUGGAUGAAGCCCUGCCAGCUCUGGAUGAAGCCACCAAGGCUCUUGAGUCUCUGAAUAAGAAGGACAUGACAGAGAUUAAGUCCUAUGGCCGUCCUCCUGCUCUGGUGGAGAAGGUGAUGCAGGCGGUCAUGACUCUUUUGAACAAAGAGCCCACCUGGGCAGAAGCUAAGAGACAGCUGGGUGAGGCCAACUUCAUCAAAACCCUGAUCAAUUUCGACAAGGACAACAUCUCAGACCGUGUGUUGAAGAGGAUUGGUAACUACUGCAGACAGCCCGACUUCCAGCCAGAGAUCAUUGGCAAAGUGUCUCUGGCUGCAAAGUCUCUCUGCAUGUGGGUCAGAGCCAUGGAGGUGUAUGGGUGUGUCUUCAGAGUGGUGGAGCCCAAGCGGGAGCUGCUGAAUAAUGCCACGGCCCAACUUUCAGAGAAGCAAGCUGAACUACAGGAGUCUGAGAACAAACUGAAAGAGGUGGGGGACAAACUGGCCAUGUUGAACAAACAAUACGCCGAAAAAGUGGCAACCAAGGAAGAGUUGAAGAGGAGGUCGGAUGAUAUGGAGGUGAAAUUGGACCGAGCUGACAAACUGGUGAAAGGAUUGGCUGGGGAAGGGGUCCGCUGGCAGCAGACCGUUAAGGGUCUUGAAGAGAACAUGGGUUACCUGGUUGGAGACUGUUUGCUUGCAGCAUCUUUUCUGUCCUAUAUGGGUCCCUUCCUGUCCAACUAUAGAGUGGAACUGCUUGAAAUCUGGAUGAGAGAGGUCCAGCUCCAGGAAAUCCCGUGUACCCCAGGAUUCAGUUUUGCCACUUUUCUCUCAAACCCUACAGUAGUGAGGGACUGGAAUAUUCAAGGCCUGCCCUCUGAUGCUUUCUCCACAGAGAACGGAGUUAUUGUCACCCGUGGCAACCGAUGGCCACUGAUGGUGGACCCCCAAGGCCAAGCUCUGAAGUGGAUCAAGAAAAUGGAGCUGAAGCGAGGUCUUAAACUCAUCGACUUCCAGAUGCCAGAUUACUUGCUUAUACUGGAGAACGCCAUUCAGUUUGGAAAUCCUGUCUUGCUGCAGAAUGUCCAGGAAGAUUUGGAUCCUUCUCUCAACCCAGUUCUCAACAAGUCCCUGACACGAAUUGGUGGCAGGCUAUUGUUGAAAUUGGGUGACAAGGAAUUGGAAUAUAGUCCAGAAUUUCGUUUCUACAUCACCACCAAACUGUCCAAUCCCCACUACACUCCAGAGAUUUCUACAAAGACUACCAUUGUCAACUUUGCUGUCAAAGAGCAGGGUCUGGAAGCCCAACUCCUUGGUAUUGUGGUGCGUAAGGAGCGUCCAGACCUGGAAGAGCAAAAGGACAAUCUGGUGAUGAGCAUUGCUUCAGGAAAGAGGCGCCUACAAGAGUUGGAAGAUGAGAUCCUCAGGCUGCUGAAUGAGGCGAGCGGCUCCCUGCUGGAUGACGUGCAGCUGGUGAACACCUUGCAGACGUCCAAAGUGACGGCCUCAGAGGUUUCAGAGCAGCUGGAGACCAGCGAAGUGACUGAAAUCAAGAUUGACACUGCUCGAGAGGCCUAUCGUGCAUGUGCUCAGCGGGCCUCCAUCCUCUUCUUCAUCCUCAAUGACAUGGGCCGCAUUGAUCCGAUGUACCAGUUCUCACUGGAUGCCUACAUCAACCUGUUCAACCUCAGUAUUGAGAAGAGCAAGAGCAGUCUAAAGCUGGAGGAAAGGAUUAUCAACCUCAACGACUUCCACACAUAUGCGGUGUACAAGUAUGCGUGCCGGGGUCUGUUUGAGAUGCACAAGCUCCUCUUCAGCUUCCAAAUGUGCGCCAAAAUUCUCGAGGUUGCUGGCACACUCAACAUGGUCGAGUACAGUUUCUUCCUCCGUGGUGGAAUUGUACUUGAUAAAAGGGAUCAACUGGAAAACCCGUGCAGUAAUUGGCUCGUGGAUUCCAGCUGGGACAAUAUCACAGAACUGGACAAGCUGCCCAACUUCCAUGGCAUCAUGGCCUCAUUUGAAAAACAACCCCGGGACUGGAAGCUUUGGUUCACCAGUGCAGAGCCAGAGAAAGCACCACUACCAGGAGACUGGGAGAACAGCUGUAAUGAGCUCCAGAGGAUGCUCAUAGUCCGUUCUCUGCGGCCAGACCGCGUCUUAUUCUGCUCCACCACCUUCAUCGUCAACAACCUGGGGCCUCGCUUUGUGGAGCCACCCGUUCUCGACAUGAGGGCUGUUGUAGACGAAUCCACGUGCAGGACUCCUCUGGUCUUUGUCUUGUCUCCUGGCGUGGACCCCACAGGAGCCCUGCUGCAGCUGGCUGAGACAUCGGGUAUGAGUAAACUCUUCCACGCUCUCUCACUGGGUCAGGGCCAGGCUCCCAUCGCCAAGAGAAUGAUCCAAGAGGGCGUGAAUAAAGGUCACUGGGUCUUUCUUGCCAAUUGCCACCUCUCACUCUCCUGGAUGCCUGAGCUGGACAAGCUGGUGGAGCAGUUGGAGGUGGAGAAGCCCCACACAGACUUCCGACUCUGGCUAAGCUCUUCGCCACAUCCCGAUUUUCCCAUAAACAUCCUGCAGGCGGGCAUCAAAAUGACUACAGAGCCUCCAAAGGGAGUGAAAGCCAACAUGAAGCGUCUCUACCACUUGGUGACUGAGGCUCAGUUCACCCGCUGCUCCAAACCAGUCUUCUACAGGAAGCUGCUCUUCUCCCUCUGCUUUUUUCACAGCAUCCUGCUGGAAAGAAAGAAGUUCCUGCAGCUUGGCUGGAACAUUAUCUACGGAUUCAAUAAUUCAGACUUUGAGGUUAGCGAGAAUCUUCUCAGUCUGUACCUGAACGAGUAUGACAACAUACCUUGGGAUGCCCUCAAGUAUCUCAUUGCGGAGGUGAAUUAUGGAGGUCAUGUGACUGAUGACUGGGACAGACGCCUUCUCACCACAUACAUCAACGACUACUUCUGCGAGGCAGCUGUCACUGAGCCUUAUUUCAAGUUGUCAACUUUAUCCUCAUAUUACAUCCCCCACGAUGGACCCCUUUCCUCCUACAAGGACUUCAUCAACAUGCUGCCAGCCACAGAGCACCCCGACUUGUUUGGCCAGCACCCCAAUGCUGACAUUGCCAGCCAGAUCGCUGAAACCAGGUCCUUGUUUGACACACUUCUGUCCCUGCAGCCACAAGUGACCAGCGCCAGCACAGCGGGUUCUGGACCAAGUCGUGAGGACAAGGUGCUGGAUCUGUUAGCCGACGUGCGCCAGACGAUCCCGGCCGUGAUCGACUACGAGGGCACCAGCGGACUUUUUCUGGAUCCUUCACCGCUCGAUGUGGUCCUGCUGCAAGAGAUCCAGAGAUACAACUCCCUGUUGAGCACUAUCAUAUCAUCCUUAGUGGAGCUGGAGAAGGGAAUCAAAGGCUUGGUAGUGAUGUCAUCGAGCUUGGAGGAGACCUUCAACUGCAUGUACGACGCCCGAGUUCCACCAUUGUGGGAGAAGGCGUAUCCCUCUCUCAAGCCCCUGGCGGCGUGGACCCGUGACCUCUGCCAACGAGUUCUUCAGUUUGCACGCUGGGCAGAGCAGGCACAGCCCCCCAACCUCUUCUGGUUGUCGGGCUUCACCUUCCCCAACGGAUUCCUCACCGCCGUGCUGCAGUCAGCCGCUCGGCAGCACAAGGUAUCAGUUGACACACUGUCCUGGGACUUUACAGUGUCCAGUGUAGAUGACAGCCACAUCCAGAACCCACCCAAGGAUGGAGUGUAUGUGCGAGGUUUGCACCUGGAGGGGGCCGCCUGGGACAAGAAGGGCUUGUGCCUGGUAGAGGCCGAGCCCAUGCAGAUGGUAUGUCCCAUUCCCGCUAUCAACUUCAAGCCAGUGGAGAACCGCAAGAAGAUGGCGAAGAACAUUUACCUGUGUCCUUGCUACUACUUUCCCGUGCGUUCGGGUGGGGCAGGCAGAGCCUCGUUUGUGAUCGCCGUGGAGCUGAAAUCAGGAGCCGUAAACCCGGAUCACUGGAUCAAGAGAGGAGCAGCUCUCCUAAUGAGCCUGGACAGCUAACAUACUCACAGGAUACAGAUGGAUCUAUGCAUUUUUAUUUUUAUUUGUUCCCUCACAAACUCAAACAACAGUGUGCAGCAAUCAUGCAAAUUCCUGUGCAAACUGGGAGAGGAGAAGAAAAGGACAGAGGCAGGAGGAGUGAACCUAUUCAAACAAAUGAAUUUUAAUGAAGCCUCGCAGAAAAGACACAAUCUUUCAGACUCUGGACUUCCCUGCUGGCCAGGGAGGGAGAAAAGAAAACAAGAAGUGAGCUGGGAGGAAGAAUGAUCCGGUAAUGAGAGGGGGGGUGGGGGGGUGGGGGGGGUUCAAGGUUGUAUUCAGACUUAAGGAUUGUCCCCUGAAAGCCCACCAGACUUCCUCUGGCUUUAAGAGGCUCUUUAUCGGAGCUGGCUCAUUCUGUGUGGAGACACUGGUGGUCUCCUUGUUGGUGGGUGGGAGAUGGAAGAGGAGCGGAAUUCACAUUAAAAUAAGCUUGUCCUUCGGGCUGCCUUGUAACAUAAACAUGUAGCUUGAAAGAAGAAGAUACUGUGGGAAUUAUUUUGCUGGUGUUUGUUGUGAGCUGGGAAUGACAAAAUGAAUAUUCCAACACAGGAAUGCACAUUGCUUUCAGUGAGAAGGCAAAUUUGCUCAUGAUGAUAAGUAAUGGAACAUCUGGCCUUCAGUGAGGACCAGUCCAGUUCUUCUACACCAAAGGCAUCCAAGCAUGGACCUUCCUCAAAGUUGGAAGUGUUCACAAUGCUAAAGAAGACAAAAAUGAAGAGUGACGAAGGUGGUCAAGUCUAAUGGAUUCAUUGAUUGAUUAUGAGACUGUUGCCCAACAAGUGUACUGUGUAUUAUUAGGGUGCCUUCCGGACCAGAAAUUUUAAAAAGAUAGCAUUCACUCUCGUCUUUUUUGUGAGCAGACUAAAUAAUGCUGUUAAGUAUUCGCAUAGUCACGCCUUGAUUGGACCACUCAUGUGACAUUUCCGACUCGUCCAAAACAACAUGAUGUCUUCAAGGUUACUUACACUUGUAGGAUGUUUUUUGUGGUGAAACAAAGGGAAUAAGUCAAAAAGGUUCCUGGAAAGCAUCUUUUGCACCCUAAACGUGCUAGUAGGACUACAAAUGUGAACUCACCCUUAAAGUGCAAGUACAGGAGCUCUUCCUAAUAUUAAAUCUUAAAAAAAAAAAUUCUGCCAACCUAAGAAUAGAAUAGGGCUGAAACAAAUUCAAAUUUUCAAGUAACAAAUCUUAAAGCUUACAGAAAGACAGUAACAAGACUGGAACAGUCCAAAUGUUCCGCGCGGCAGGUUGGACUUCCAGUUUUGUUUUCAUGUGAUUUCCUGUUUAUAACUCUUAAUUUAGUAGUUUAUUUUCCUGUUUGGCACUGUAGGCGGCGCCUUUAGUUUGGUUUGUGGAUGCUAAGUAUGCACAGGGUGCUGAUUUGUAAUCACUGGACUAUUUUAGUGUAGUUGCUUUUGCUAGUUGCUAGUUCAUUGUUGGUUUGACCUGUUUGUUGAUGUCAACUUGUGCUUUUGCUCGCUUUAAAUUUAUUUUUUCGUGGACUUCUGCUGUAUACCUGCUCUUUGCAUUUCAACUGUAUUCUGGUUUGCAUUAGUUUGAACGCCUGUAUUUACGUUCUCUCUUUUUGGUCAUGUUUGAGGUUUUUUUUUUUUUCAUCACCCUCCACAGUGAUCCCAUGUUGCUCCUUAGCCAGUUCCUGUGUUUUUGUAUUUUUGACUCGGAUACUUGUGAAUCGUGUCGUACUUCACAAGCGCCCCUCUUUCCCC